AUGAGUCGAGCACAACCCAAACCAGCAAAUGGUGCUGGUCCAAACCGAACAUGCCAGUUUAAAAUGGUGUUAUUAGGUGAAUCGGCUGUAGGGAAAUCCAGUCUUGUGUUACGUUUUGUAAAAGGACAAUUUCACGAAUAUCAAGAAUCUACAAUUGGUGCAGCGUUUUUAACUCAAACUGUUUGCGUAGAUGAUACUACUGUUAAGUUAGAAUUAUGGGAUACAGCUGGACAAGAAAGAUAUCAUUCCCUAGCUCCCAUGUAUUAUCGUGGUGCUCAAGCAGCAAUUGUUGUGUACGAUAUAACAAAUGGUGAUACAUUUAGUCGUGCCAAAGUAUGGGUUAAGGAGUUACAACGUCAAGCUGCACCAAACAUUGUUAUUGCAUUAGCUGGUAAUAAAGCGGAUUUAGCACAAAAACGUCAAAUUGAAAUUCAAGAUGCUCAGACCUAUGCUGAAGAAAACGGUUUAAUAUUUAUGGAAACAUCGGCGAAAACUGCUAUGAAUGUUAAUGAUAUAUUUAUGGCUAUUGCAAAAAAAUUACCGAAAACUCCUGAACAAACACGAGGACCAAUUCGAAGUGAACCAAUUACUGUUACAUCAGGACAAACAAAUGGUGCAAACGGUGGAACAUGUUGUGCCGGUUCGAAGUAA